GUGAGGUGGCAAGUAGUUCGCUGUCAUUGGACUGGAGGCCCGUCACUUACGGCGGAGCGAGCGCUGCUGGCUCUUGCCUGGCGACGUCUGGUAAAGGAAAGACUGGAGCGCGGAACCGGAACCGGGCUGAGCCUGCGGAGCUGGCUUAAUACGGAUGGACAUUGCAUGUGAGAAAGGCAGGGAUGGUCGGUUAUGACCCCAAACCAACUAGGAAGAAAAUUUCCAAGGCGGAUGUGGCAGUGGCUGGGUCUGCCUCUGGACUUGUUACUCGGGCCUUAAUCAGCCCCUUGGAUGUCAUCAAAAUUCGUUUCCAGCUUCAGGUUGAGUGUCUGUCAUCCAGUGAUCCACAUGCAAAAUACUAUGGGAUAAUACAGGCAGCAAGGCAGAUCCUGAAGGAGGAAGGCCUAACAGCGUUCUGGAAGGGGCAUAUUCCAGCUCAAAUUCUCUCCAUAGGCUAUGGAGCUGUCCAAUUCGUGACCUUUGAGCUCCUGACUGAACUGGUCCACAGAACUGUGUGGCAGGACACACGUGACUUCUCAAUGCAUUUUGUGUGUGGUGGCCUCUCUGCCUGUGCGGCCACUCUGGCAGUGCAGCCUGUUGAUGUUCUCCGAACUCGUUUUGCUGCUCAGGGUGAGCCCAAGAUCUACAGAAACCUCCGUCAUGGUGUGAUGAUGAUGUACAAGUCUGAAGGCCCCUUGGCUUUCUACAGAGGCUUGCCACCCACUUUGAUUGCCAUCUUCCCUUAUGCGGGGUUCCAGUUCUCUUUUUAUAGCGCCUUGAAGCAGGUCUACGAAUGGGCCAUUCCAGUUGACGGAAAGAAAAAUGCGAACCUCAAAAAUCUGCUAUGUGGCAGUGGAGCUGGGGUCAUCAGCAAGACUCUUACAUAUCCCCUGGACCUCUUUAAGAAGAGGUUGCAGGUGGGUGGCUUUGAGAAAGCCCGGGAACCCUUUGGACAGGUUCGAAAGUAUAAGGGCUUCCUCGACUGUGUCCAGAAGAUUUUCCAAGAAGAGGGCACCCAGGGUUUUUUUAAAGGCCUCACUCCCAGCUUGCUGAAGUCUGCUGUGUCCACUGGAUUAGUGUUCUUCUGGUAUGAGUUAUUCUGUCACCUCUUAAGCUGCAGAAACACCUCGGACACCAGCAGACAGGAAAAGUGAGCCAAAGUCUUGGGCUUCAGCAGACUCCAAAAGAGAAGUAAGACUGUUUUCUUGGUGCACUGUGGGGUGCCCCUUUGUCCAUUACCUCCAAGCUGUUCACUCUGAACAGCUCCCAUCUUCACUCAGUCUGUAUGUUGCCAACAAGGGAACUACUCUUUUCCUUUACAGUUUUUAGGGAAAGCUUGGAGGUUGGCGUGUAUGAUGUGGCUUUUACUUUCUCCCAUUAGACAACGAGGUAGAAAGAGGACCUGACUUCCUUGUUUUACCUUUAUCCACUAGACACUUGAAGAGAACAGAUGAGGUGCUAUAUCUGCACCCUCCCAAGACUGAGAUUUGAGCAGUUCUAGGGCCGGUGUCUGACACUAGAGGAGAUCCUUGUCCUGUUUUAAUUGUCAGACCUUGGAUUUCUCGCUUCAGAGAGUCUUUUCUCCUCCCUGCCCACACACCUAACUUCUUUUCUCUUCUCUCCCAAGCCACCUCCACGAUUUCUGUUGCUUAUUUGUUCUCCUUCUGUGGCUAAGAGGAAGAAAUGACUGUGUCUUCAGCCAUUCUAACGUCAGGCAGAAGGUGCAGGGGGUAAAGGCAGUCCCUGCCUUCUCCAGAUUCCAUUUUCUGAACAACUUUUAUCUCCCUCCAUUGCAACUCUCAUUCCCCGCUGCCCCCCAGAAGCAGCUUUGCUUUUUGUACAUUAAGGAGAGUCAGUGCCGAAUUGAGUGACCUCCCAUAUCCCCAGCUGCUUGGAGAUUGAUGUCCAGGCAGAGACACGAUUCUAGUGUUCUCUCUGCAUGGACCAGACUGUUCACUGACAGCCUCCUCAUGGGCACUGGACUGUGGGAACAAAGUAAAAGAUGACAGGGACUUAAAGAAAGUGGUAGUGAGCAGAUGGGUAUGGAAGGGUGGGGGAAGGGAUAUACCGAACACUCAUUUCCUAAAAUAACACUUCCAAGGAAAUUUGGGGGAAUGGAGGCUGCUGUCCCUCUGUGGUGUUCAGAUUUGGCUCUGAACAGGCCAAGGUGAUGACCGUGAGCUUGCCCUGUGAUCUGCAUGGAACCCCUUGUGAAGCUUAGCAGAGAUGACUGUUCUCACUCGGUGAUCUGCCGAGGGCAGGGUUCACACAGGGAACCCACAAUAGAUAUUUAGAAUCACAGGGGAAAUGGCAGUUGGGUGUGUGGGAGUUGAGGAGAACUGAGGCAGACCACAGCAGCCAGACUCCUUGCUGUCACCCAUGCUCGUGCUCACCAGGUGUUCGAGGGCCUAAGCCCCAGAGCCUGGCUCAGCAGUGAGAGAAUCCUACCUGAAUGAGGAUUAUUUUGAUUUUUCCUCAAUAUGGGGUUAUUAGAGGGAACCAGAAGGGUUACUUUGAUCAGUGGAUCCAAGGAAAGGGGCCUUAAUUGUCCUUGAUGCUGCCUCUGAGGUAACAACUCUUCCAGGCUGCAGAAUAUGCACUGACCAUAAUACCCUCAAACAGGGGGGACUACAAUUAACAUGGGGUGGGUGGUCUUUAAUAACUGGUUUAUAAUUUCUGUUUCAUUCAAUCUGUGUCUCAGGCUUGUGACAAGGCCCUCAGCAGUAUUGGAGGGUGGGAAACUUUACUUUCCAGAAAACCUUUUCCUGUACCCUGGAUACUGUUAUGUGAGUGAGCAGACACUGCUGUCGAAAGCCUUCACAUCAGGGGCCCUGGCCUGGCAUCCAAGGUUUUGCCUCUUCGGGGCUGCUGGGAAGGCGGCUUCCUGAAUGUAUUUUAUACACUUCCAAAGUCAACACAUCUGUGCCCAAACAUAGUAAAAUUCUAUU